AUGUUGAAUCCCAAGGCAUCACUAGCUACCAAUGACUUCCGCAGUGACACCUUCACCACCCCAACACCGUCUAUGUUGGCCGCGAUGAUGAACGCAUCGUUUGGAGACGAUGUGUACCAGGAAGAUCAUAUCACCACCGAAUUCCAGCGGGAAAUCGCACGGUUGACUGGAAUGGAGGACGCCUUGUUCAUGCUCUCCGGAACAAUGGGCAACCAAAUCGGAGUCCGCGUUCAUCUCAACCAGCCUCCACACUCGGUACUGUGCGACUACCGCGCCCAUGUCUACGCCGAGGAAGGGUCUGGGUUAGCGGUGCUGUCUCAGGCGAUGGUGACACCUGUCCAUCCUGCCAACGGUAUAUACUUGACAUUGGACGAUGUCAAGAAGUGGACUAUCCUCGGAGAGGAUAUUCAUACGGCGCCGACAAAGGUGAUCAGUCUCGAGGUGACCAUUGGCGGAAUAUUAACUCCCAUAGACGAGAUACGAAGGAUUUCUGAAUUCGCGCGCGCCCAUGAUAUCAAAGUUCAUUGCGACGGGGCUCGCCUGUGGAACGCUUCUGCGGCGACUGGUUAUUCUUUGGCUGAUUACUGCCAGUAUUUUGAUACUGUAUCAAUGUGUGUAUCAAAGGGACUUGGGGCACCCAUUGGUGGAGUUCUUGCCAGCACUGAAUCCAACAUUAAGCGAGCUAGAUGGCUAAGGAAGCAGCUGGGGGGCGGAAUUCGACAGGCUGGUGUUUUGACAGCUCCAGCCCUGGUGGCGCUGAAGGAAGUAUGGCCUAGCAUGAAAGAAACGCAUGAGAUGACCAAGAAACUGGAGAAGGACUUGGCGGCGUUGGGCGUUGUGCCUCAAAUCCCAGUUGAUACCAAUUUCUUUUUCAUUGACGCUAAGAAAUCAAAUGUGGAUAUGGGCAUUUUGUUGGAGCAGUGUGAGAAAUUCAAUGUGAAACUUAUGGAUGAGCGGAUUGCUCUACAUCAUCAAAUCAGCGACGAGGCAAUUGAGAGCCUUAAAGCUGCCAUUGCCGCGGCAGUGCAAAUAACCAAGACAUUACCGUCUGACUAUGUCUCUAAAGUUCCAUCAGGCGGGUAUAAUAUCACCUCAAAAAUGAAUGAAUAUAGCUAG